AUGAAGAGCUUUGUUCUUCAAGCGGUUUUCGCCGGCGCCGCGCUCGCUGCUCGGGGCCGUCACUCGGUCCGAGGCGCUACUGUGGUCGGGCGUGACGUCGCCGAUUGCAAAUGCUUCCCGGGUGACAGCUGCUGGCCUGUCACGGCGCAGUGGGAUGCCCUCAACACCACCGUUGGCGGUAACUUGAUUGCUACCAUUCCUUUGGGCUCACCCUGUCACGACCCGACCUACGAUGCGGCUACUUGCGCUUCGCUGCAGAGCGCAUGGCAGGAUUCGGAGAUUCACAUGAACUCCUCCAGCUCCGUCAUGGCCCCCUUCUUUGCAAACCAGAGCUGUGAUCCGUUCCAGCCGGAGUCCCGUCCUUGUCUGUUGGGCAACUACGUCGUCUACGCCGUGGACGCCAAGACUCCCCAGCAUGUCCAGGCCACCAUCGCAUUCGCUCAGGAACACAACAUCCGCUUCAUCGUCCGCAACACCGGCCACGACUACCUUGGUCGUUCUACCGGUGCCGGCGCUCUCGCCGUCUGGACGCACCACAUGGACAGCGCCGACGUCAUCAACUGGAACACCACCGCGUACCAGGGCAAGGCCAUGAAGGUUGGCGCCGGUGUCCAGGGCUUCCAGGUCAUGGAGGUCGCGCACAAUGCCGGUCUCGCCGUUGUCGGCGGCGAGUGCCCGACCGUCGGACUCGCUGGAGGCUAUACCCAGGGUGGUGGUCACAGUGCCCUCUCGACCAACUUCGGUCUUAGUGCUGACAACGUUCUGGAGUGGGAGGUCGUCACUGCUAAUGGCACCCUCGUCACCGCUUCCAAGACCAAGAACUCUGAUCUGUUCUGGGCACUGUCCGGUGGUGGCCCGGGUAACUGGGGUGUCGUCACCUCCCUGACCGUCAAGGCUCACCCUGAUGCCAAGUUCGGUGGUGCCACUCUUGUCAUGAUGGCCGCUGACAACGAUAAGGAUGCCUUCUUCAAUGCCAUUGAUGCCUUCCAUGAGGAGAUUGCCGGUAUGGUUGACGCUGGUACCAUGGUCGUCUACUACUUCGGUUCCAGCUUCUUCCAGAUCGCUCCUAUAAACGCCUACAACAAGACUGCCGAGGAGGUCAAGACCAUUCUUGCCCCCUUCAUCGCCCGUUUGGAUGGUCUCGGCAUGAACUACACCGCUAGUUACACUGAGUUUGAGAGCUACUACAACCACUACGACAAGUACUUUGGCCCGCUGCCCAUCGGCAACAUCCAAGUCGGCAUUGCCCAAUACGGUGGCCGUCUUAUCCCCCGCGCCAACAUCACCAACAUCGGAUCUUUCUCCCGCAGCGCCGCCGAGAAGGGAGUCACCUUUAUCGGUGUCGGAACCGACGUCAGCAAGUUCGGCAACAAGGAGACCAACUCUGUCCUUCCUGCCUGGCGCGACACCAUCGUUCAUGCCACCCUGACUACCGUCUGGAACUUCACCGCUCCGUGGGAUGAGAUGCUCGCCAAACAGGAUCUCAUGACGAACGUGGUCAUGAAGGAGAUCGAGGCGCUCACCCCCACCAGUGGCGCUUACAUGAACGAGGCCGACUUCCAGCAGCCCAACUUCCAGCAGGCCUUCUUCGGCAAGAAUUACAAGGCCUUGAAGUGCAUUAAGAAGAAGUGGGACCCUAAGGGUUUCUUCUACGUUCGCAACGCCGUUGGCAGUGAGUCGUGGAGUGUCGCUAACGACGGAAGGAUGUGCCGCGUUUGA